UGCUGAUAGUAAUGUGCUCGCUCGUGUUGCUGUUUCACAUUAACGCCGCAAAUCAUCCGUGCGUUUAAAUCUUACUUUCCCAGCGCCGCCUUUCACGCAUGGAGUUGCGCACCGAAACGGCCCUGGCGAGUCUGGAGAUGUCGGAGUUGAAAAGCGACGGCGAAUCGUCGGAGGGCGACGACGAUUACGAGAGUUUGCCCGAACACGCGUCCCUAUACACGCACAUGACAGCGGGCGCAGUGGCCGGAGUUCUGGAGCACACAGUCAUGUACCCCGUGGAUUCCGUCAAGACACGUAUGCAGAGUUUACAGCCGGACCCAAAUGCUCAGUACCGCAGCGUGUAUGGUGCACUAAAGAGGAUUGUGCGGACGGAGGGCCUCCUUCGGCCCUUGAGGGGCCUCAAUAUCACUAUGCUGGGGGCCGGCCCUGCUCACGCACUCUAUUUUGCCUGCUAUGAGCGAAUCAAACGCAACCUUAGUGAUGUCAUACAGAACGGAGGCAACAGUCACAUCGCAAAUGGAGUGGCAGGAAGUGUUGCCACUGUCCUCCAUGAUGCAGUCAUGAACCCAGCAGAAGUGGUGAAGCAGAGAAUGCAGAUGUAUAACUCUCCAUACCGCAGCCUAUAUGACUGUGUACUGACUAUCAGUCGUAAGGAGGGCCUAGCCGCCUUCUACCGCAGCUACAGCACUCAACUCACCAUGAACAUCCCAUUCCAGGCCGUUCACUUCAUCACCUAUGAGUUCAUGCAGGAACAUUUCAACUCUCAGCGCCAGUACCGACCCGAAACGCACAUCCUGUCCGGAGCGGCUGCUGGAGCCGUGUCAGCUGCCGUGACGACGCCUUUAGACGUGUGUAAGACUCUGUUAAACACACAGGAGAAUGUUGCGCUUAGCUCUGCGCAUGUUAGCGGACAUCUCUCGGGUAUGGUCAAUGCGCUCAGGACAGUUUACCGCCUGGGAGGCGUGCCGGCGUUCUUUAAAGGCAUCAGAGCGCGAGUGAUUUAUCAGAUGCCAUCUACAGCCAUCGCCUGGUCAGUGUAUGAGUUUUUUAAGUACUUUCUUACUCGACAUGAACCACACAUCCAGGAACCAGGAAGGGAUGUAGAGAAGGUUGGACCCACAUGAGGGUGACUCUGUUUGGCCUGUUAGCACUGAAUCCAAAAGGCCCGGCUGAUCCAUAGAGGAGAAUGUUGAAGAUUGUGGGUAAAUCAAUGUGUAUGCCCAUUGAUCUGAAUCAAGUUGAAGAGGCUUUUGGCUCAAUGGGAAAUGUAGUAAUUUCUUAUGCAGUAUACACUCCAGCACCACACUUUUGUUGUUGUUGCAAACGCAUUAAUUUAUUGGAAGUGUUUGUUGUUGUUGCAAGAACAGGGGAUGUAUGGACACUGCACUCUAUGGAACAUAACUGCUAUUCGGAUAAUGUUAGUCAUGAUUAAACCCUCCUAAUAUAUAUAUAUGAUUGCAAAAUGAUCUAAUAUACAUCCUUGUAUAUAUUGCAUAUUAUAAUACAGUAUAUACACAUGCACUUAUAUACACAGAUCAGCCACAACAUUAAAACCAUCUGCCUAAUAUUGUGGAGGUCUCCCUCGUACCACCAAAACAGUGCCAACCUGCAUCUCAGAAUAGCAUUUUUCUCACCACAAUAGUAGAGUUUAUCUACUGUAUCUAUGUAGACUUUGUCAGUUCAAACCAGUCUAGCUAUUCUCCGUUGACCUCUCAUCAACAAGGCAUUUCUGUCCACAGAACUGCUGCUCACUGGAAGUUUUUUGUUUUUCACUUAGAUCACAAUUGUUCCCCAUUCUGAUGGUUGAUAGGAACAUUAACUUAAGCUCCUGACCUGUAUCUGCACAGUCCUAUCCUUAUGAUUUUAUACACUGCACUGUUGUCACAUGAUUGAUUGAUUGAUUAGAUAAUCGCAUGGAUGAUUGUUGGUAUCAGAUGUGCUGGUUUGAGUAUUUCUGUAACUGCUGAUCUCCUAGGAUUUUCACACAACAGUCUCUAGAAUUUACUCAGAAUGGUGCCAAAAACAAAAAACAUCCAGUAAGUGGCAGUUCUGUGGAUGGAAACACCUUGUUGAUGAGAGAGGUCAACAGAGAAUGGUCAGACUGGUUUGAACUGACAAAGUCUAUGGUAACUCAGAUAACCACUCUGUACAAUUGUGGUAAGAAGAAAUGGCAUCUCAGAAUACUAUUAUCAGAUGCGGGUUGGUACUGUUUUUGUGGCACUAGGGGGACCUACACAAUAUCAGGCAGGUGGUUUUAAUGUUGUGGCUGAUCAGUGUAUAAAUAUAUUUAAAUGGCACGCCAUCGUAAUGACAAACAAAAGGUAUGUUUAACUUCUCUCAUUUAUUUUAUUGGCCUUUCUGGGCUUUUGUGGUCAGAUGAGUCACAUCUGUUUGCCUUUAUUUAGAUGUGUAUUUUGAAAUUACUGUUUAAUUUAAGACAUUCCCGAGUUCUGUUUUCGGAAUAAACAGACCAAAUGUUUUAUUUUAAUGCCUAAUCACAGGCGAAAGAUGUCUGGGUUUUAAAGGAUUAAACCUCAAACGGUGUCCAUUUUCACAUGUUCAUUGGUCCCAAAGAUGAUUUUAAACACUAUUAAAACUAUCGAUAUUUAAAAUAGAUUUCCAAAGAUUGAAUUGGAUCACAGUUAAAUCAAAUUGCCUGAUUUAACUGCUGUAGGUAAACUAAAGCACUUGUCAAUUGUGUAUGGUUUUCUCUUAUUUAUUGAAAGUUGUGAUCAAAUAGCUGAAAUCAGCAAGUUCUUUUUUUUUUUUGUGUGUGGCAACUAUAGAUAUUUUUUGUUUUUGGACAUAAUUGUCACAUGAUAUAUUACCAAUUAAGACUAGCAUGUAUAUGACAGAUAAUUAUGAAACAUGAUCUAUGCAGUGAUUUUUGUAAAUGUGAAAAUUCUCAUAAUUUACUCGAACAUCUUUGAUGACAUGAGUUUAUGACAUUCUUCUGCUAAACACAUGCACAUUUUAGAAGAAUAUUUCAGCACUGUAGGUCCAAACAAUGCAAGUGAAUGGUGACCAGACCUUUUGCAGCUUCAAAAAGCACAUAAAGGCAGCAUAAAAGUAAUCCAUAAGACUCCAGUGUUUACAUCCAUGUCUUCAGAAGCCAUGCAAUCACUUUGGGUGAGAUACAGAUCAAUAUUUUAAUCCUUUUUUACUAUCAAUCUCCACUUUCAAAUUCUGAAAGUGAAAGUGGAGAUUUACGGUAAAAAAAAGGACUUAAAUAUUGACCCUGUUCCUUUGGACUCUUGUCUCUGGCCUUCAGUUUUUUUGUUUUUUUAGCUUGGAAAGGUUGAACACUGGAAUCUGUGAGUUCAAGGACAUAUAUGUUUGUUUGCUUUCUGAAAUAUUGGUUUACUGCUUAAUUACUAAUGCAUUUCCAGCUUUGCUAUCAGACCAAUUGUUUUUCUAUUCUCACUAGCAUCUAGGAACCAAAGAAUUGGUCUCUUUGGUCAUUCCCUCAGUCACUACCAUACAUUAUAGUUUUGUAAUAAAGUGACCUAAAGACAGCUACAUUAUUAUAUGCCAAUAUUCAUCAGUUGAAUUUGUUGAUUGGUGCGAAAGGUUCUUCGUAUGUAUGUUUACUAAGGUGUAAUUAUUUUUGUAUUUAUUUUUUUACUUUUUAGGCUGCAUAGAUGAGUUCAAAAUGACUUGUGAUUAAUACUGCUCAUACUAUUUAUAUACAGAUAUGGCAGAAAUAGUAAGACAAGUAUGGGUAGUAUGCCUAGCUUGGAUAUUGGUUAAGAUUGUGAUAAUGUUUUGACAAUUUAUUCACACACAAAAAAAGUGUAAAUGGCAUUGCAUUAGCUAACAAUAUAUCAAACCAAAUGGCAUCUGCAAACAAAUGUUAAUAGACCUUUUCUCAGAACAAGCCAUUUUUGCAAUGACGUAAUCAACUGGUGCCAAUGUGACUUGUAGUAUAUUCUGAGAUGUCCUAGCAGAGUAACCACAGUUGUAGUUCAUCACAUUAACGGUUGUGGUGGUUACCCCAUGUGACUACCCUCCCUAGCAACCGGGAGACCUGGCUGGAGUCACUCAGCACACCCUGGAUUCGAACUUGCGGCUCCAGGGGUGACGAAUGACUUUUUGUUCAAUGUUUUGCUUGAAAAUUGUCCUUAUGCUAUCUUAAACAAUUGCCAUUUGGUUUGAUAUUUUGUCAUCUAAUGUAAUGACAUUCAUGCAUAUUUAAGUGUGUCUUAAAGAAAUAGUUCACCCAAUCAUUUACGCACCCAUGCUGUCUCAAACACAUAUGACUAUCUUUCUGAGGUACACAAAUGAGGAUAUUUUGAUGGAGAUAUGAUGCAAAUAUAUCCAUUUAAAGCAAGUCAAGGGGGUCCAUCACUUCCAAGUUCCAUAAAGGUAAUCCAUAUGACUCUGAUCGAUACGCUCGGUUCUGGGUUCGAACAAACCAAAAUCUAACUUUCUUUUCACUAUAAAUCUUGCAAUCUUCAGUCUUCCUCGUGCUUGAUGCAUGCAGAGAGCGUGUGUACAACAUUUUUGGGUGAACUAUCCCUUUAAGUGUCCAAACAUUUUUCAGGGUCACUGUAUUUAAGGCCAAUACAAAGCACAUUCCCUGUUUAAGCUUUUGUUGACUGUCAGCACAAAUAUUCAUAACUAUUUGGCUUCAUGUUGUUCUAUGGUGGAAACCCCAUGGGUUUGCUAUUUAUGGGUCCAGCAUUUUUAAAUGCUUAGUAUUUGUAAUUGCUUUGCAAAACCAGGCAUUUUUAAAAUACACAUUGUAUUUUAUUCUAUUUAACAUGAUAUGUCAAUUUUACUAUGAAAAUAUUUGUUAUAGGUUAAUAUUGACAACAUUCCCUUUGGUUUUGCCUUAAAUUCAUUUGCUACUAUGUUUUGAGAAAACGGGAGCCAGAUUUACCAGUGUGUGUUCUUAAUAUUUGACACAUUACAGUAAAGCUGUGCUGCUGUUGUACUCUUAAAGAUACAGUACACUAUGAACAACUUCAAUAAUGUCAGCAGCUUUGUACACACAUUAAAGAAAGGGGAGCUUUUUGAAAGAGUGCCAUCUAGAGUACUAAAAAAUGUAAAAAAAUUUUUUAGAUAUAUAUAUAUAGCUGAGAAAAUACAAAAUCAAUGUAAACAAUAAGUUUAUUGAUGGAGAUGCUUGUACAGUUUGUAACACUGGAGCUGAAAUAAAACGCACAAUGUUUA